AUGCACGCCAAAACCCUCGCUGCCGGCCUCGCCGUUGCCGCCCUCUCCUUGAUCCCUUCCUGCCCUGCGCCCCCUCUAGCCGGCAUGAUCAUCGUCAACCUUGCCGCUCCACUCGCCGGUAACCUCAUCUACAUCGGCCUUAAGAGCGGCGGCGUCGGCAGCAGGAAGCGUGACGCCGAGGCCACCAUCGAGGGUUUCGAUGAUCUCGAGAAGCGCCAGUCCUGGCCUGGUGUGCCUGACUACAACAUUAAGAUGUGCCAUGAUGCCAAUGUCGGCCGGACAGUCACUGUUCGGGAGACAUCUGACAACUCUCUUCGUGUUGAGAAUGUGGCCCCGGAGUGCAUGAACCUGGCCACUCUCUUUACUGAACAGGGAACCCCCGUCCCGUGUGGCUCUGCUUGCCUUGACUAUGUCAACUUGAGUGCGGACGAUAAGCAGAAGCUGAUGGAUAUUGUGAACAAUCUCCUUCGAGGCUAA